AUGAUCUCUUCGCUGGCGCGGCAGAUGGGCGUCGCCGAGAAGCUCCAGGUGUCCCACGAAAGUGUGGAUGAGUAUUUAGAGCAGUGUCUCAAUGCCAUGCCCAGCAACCCAUACCACGGCCCAGCCCAUAUUAUGGACGUCAUGCAGUCGCCGCCUCAGUUGAAGAGGACAUUCACAACGCGAAAAGCGCUCUCCCCAGUGCAGACCUCGGCGCUGGUCCUGGCUGCAGCUGCCCAUGAUGUGGACCACACUGGCACCUCCAAUGCUUUGCUGGUUUCACUCAGCCACGAGUUUGUAGAGGAUGUCGAGGAGGGCGUUGGACCCAUGGAGAGCCACAGUGGAAAGAGAGCUGUUGUGCUGAUCCAGGAGCUUUUAAAGUGCCGAGAUCCUGUGCUCCUGCAGUCGGUGCAAAAAGCGAUCCACGGUACGGACCUAUCACAGCAUGACAAGAUCUCCAAAUUCUUCUCGGCGGCCAUCGAGGUGCUGAUUAUAUCAGACCUUGAUGCAUUCUUCCAGCCUGGAACAGAUGAGAGCACUGCGCUGCUGCAGAUGCUGCUCAAGGCCUCGGACGUGAGCAACCCCGCAAGGCCGAUGCGGACGGCCCAAGCGUGGAAUUCUCAGGUCUACCAGGAGUUCUAUGCCGAAGGAGAUCAGGUGCUCUCAGCCGGCGGAAUGCCAAAUCCCUUGCACGACCGCCGAACAAACUGCAUCCCCAAGUCCUCAGUGGGCUUCAUCAACUUUCACGUGAAGACCAUUUUCCUUAACUUGCGAAACUUCCUCCUGCGAUGUCAUGAACUGGGUAUGCCAGUUAGACCUGAAGGCGUGGAGUGGAUGCCAAGAUCGUGGCAGAUAAUCUGGAUGGCAACAAGACGUAGAUCUGUGUAG